UGCACCUUUGUUUAUUGCUCUGUAGUGACUGUAGUGACAUACUUUAUAUCAGGCCCUCCUCUCUUUGUGAAAGACUUCCUCCAAAUAAGGCAAGCUCACAUUGUUCAUUAUUUACUCAAGAUGAGGACAUGUCUGUAUGCAGUGCUUUGUGCCUUGGUAUCAGGUGAGAGGGACAACAUUGUACUGGAGACCUCAGUAGUCUCUAGUUCAGUGGUACCCAAACUGUGUUUUCCCAUACACAGACCAAGCAAAAACCCAGAAAGCUUUUCUCAGCACAUUUCCAAUCUUAGUCUACUCUUGUGAAAUUAUUGUGGUUACUGAUUUACACUUGUACCAUGUAACUUUUUCUAUUUUAACUACAGGUCUUCAGCCUGACAGAGUUGAGCAGACACCAGCCAAUACAUCAGCUCGAAAAGGUGGUCAUGUACAUUUUAACUGCAAAUUUGUAACAACGUCUAGCAAUCCAGAUCUCUUUUGGUAUGUCCAGCGCCCUGGUAAAAGCCCAAUAUUUAUUGUACAGAGAAACCUAUUUGGCAAGGAAGAUGAAGUACCCGGAACAAAGUAUUCUGCAAAGCUAAACAAAGAGAGCAAAUCCAUUGACCUGAGGAUCUCUGGUGUCAGUGUGUCUGACUCUGGGCUGUAUUAUUGUGCUCUGAGUGCCACAGUGUCUUUCUCUGCAGCCUUCUAUAUACAAAAAGUCUUGGCUCUUUCCAUCAAAAAGGUUCAAUAAAUGUUUUGGUCUGCAGAACAAAGAAAACAUAAAAAAAAAACUAGUUGUUUCAAUGACAAAGAAACAAACAAAGAAAAAAAUAUUUACCCAGCUUUAUUUCUAGUAUGAAAAUAAAAAUAUAGUGACAUUUUCCCCAUAUGUUUAUACCAUAAAUUGUUUUAAAAGCAUCCCUUCUCCUGGGAUCACUGUUACACUGUCUUUGUUACUGGGAUUAGAUAUCUUCCACAUGCCAAGGGACCUUUCAAUCCCAAAGAGACAGGUAGCAGCAGUAUAAAUAGAUACAUGGAUUUAUAGAAGGUGGAACAGUUUACAUCUGCCUAGCAUUCAUUUCUGGCUUCUGUGCUAUAGUCUCUGCUCAGUAAGUUCUAUUCCUGGAAAUACCAAUCAUCAAUAAGUCACAAAGUUUACAUAAUAGUAAAUACAUCUAUUUAAAGUAAUGGUAUAGAAUUUAUAUAUAGAUAAUGUGUCUCUUUUUGUAAUUCAUACUAGAAAUCCCAGGUCACUCCUUUACUACAGAAUUGUGUUCACUAUGUGAUUGGGCUCGAGCGGCAACAAUAGUGUAUUUGACUAGUUGUAGUUGUGGAUGGACUGAAUUCACUAUUUUGGAUUUGGUCAAACCCCCAAAUCCUUUGUGAAAAUCUUUUAAAUUUUAGUUUUUCACCUAAUAAAAUACAUAAUUUACUGCUACAAUAAAGUGCUGUUUAUUGGGGCUCUCGCUUUGCUUAAUUCCUUGUUAAGUGGCCAAAUUAAUUUUUCUAUUUUAUGGAACCCUGGCACUAUGACUAAAGGUGAUUUGUUUUCCCUUAUGUUAUUGUUAAAUUGUUUGCUUACAUAUUGAAGCAUGAUAUCAAAAUUGUACGAAUUGGUCUAAGGAAUUCAACCCAAGCAUGAAGUGUUGUUUUCCAUUUAAUCCCAGCAAAAUAAUGAGCCAGAUGAUAUAGGGUAUGUUUAAUAAUACUGUAUAGAUUAUAGACUUUAGCUGUAAAGGGCUAUUGCACGAUGGUAGGGCUUGCUCACUGAAAUCUCAUUGAGCAUGUUGCUAUUGUGAUGCUGUAUUUUAUAGUGUUUUCCAGGCUACACUUAUAUAAUCCCUAUAAUUUGAUUUAGGUUUCAAGAAACAGGAAAUGGAUUCUGGAAACCAAAGCACAGUUAAGAUGUUUUUCCUCAGUGGGUUUUCUCAGUCUUUGGAAUUGUAGGUGUGUUUCUUUGUACUGUUUUUGGUUUUGUACUUCAUAACAUUAUCUGGAAACAUUCUGAUUAUGGCCUCUGUCUGCAUGGAUUCCCGCUUGCACUCUCCAAUGUAUUUUUUACUGGGCAACUUGUCAUUUCUGGACAUUUUUUAUUCCACAGUAACAAUUCCUAAAAUGCUCAGCGAUGUCAUCACAAACAGCAAGGCUAUUACAUUCAACCAGUGCAUGUCACAGCUUUUCUUUCUUCACAUGUUUGGCGGCACAGAGUGCUUCUUACUGACUCUCAUGGCGUAUGAUCGUUAUGUGGCAAUUUGUAAACCCCUAAGAUAUCACACAAUUAUGAACCACACAUUUUGCUUGGCGAUGGUGGCAUCUACAUGGCUAGCUGGUUUCUUGCAUUCGUUCACCCAAGCAUUUCUGACAUACCAACUACCUUUCUGUGGUCCCAAUACUAUCAACCAUUUUUUUUGUGAUGUUCAUCCGUUAGCUGUGCUGGCCUGUUCAGACACUUCCUUCAUUGAUAUGUUUAUAAUAGCCAACAGUGGGAUGAUAUCGCUUGUCUGUUUUGUGAUAUUGCUUAUGUCCUACAUUGGCAUCAUUAGUACAGUCUUGAAGAUGAACUCAACAGAAGAAAGGAGAUUCAAAGCUUUCUCUACAUGUGCUUCCCAUCUUAUGGUUGUCACAUUCUUCUUUGGACCAUGUAUUUACAUUUAUUUGAGGCCUCCUAUAAAUUAUUCAGUAGACAAACUUAUUUCUGUGCUCUAUACUGUGCUGACUCCUUUACUCAACCCAAUUAUCUAUACAUUUAGAAACCAGGAAAUGAAGAGUGCACUUAAAAAAAUUCUACGGGAAACUGUAUUACAGGGUCCAAGAAAUAAAAAACAAUAAUUAAAUAAUAUAUAGCCAACAGUGCCCAUUCUGGGGCAUCUAUUAUGAAGGAAUAAUAUUGAUCUGUUUUUAUACAGUUAAGCAGUUUUCUAAUACUGUAGUAUUAAUAAUAAUACUGUUUACCAAUACUGAUGUUGAUUUUUAUGCAUUGCUCCCAGCUAAUGUUACCUGUGUAUCACCCUGGAUAUUGUUUUCUGUUGUUUGUUUUU